AUGGCAGCUGAAGCUAUUACCGCCCUUGGUUCGCUCAAGGAAACGUUUGUCAGCUGGACUUGGCCACCUGCAGUUAACUUGGCGAGAAGCCUUGUACUUGGCAUAUUUUCGGGCAUUGAGUCAGGAAGUUUGCUCAUUAUCGACGAAGCCAGAUGUGUGAAACAUGCUUUUGGCCAGAGCUCCUUUGAAAAAGAUGGCAACAAAGUUGAUGCUAAAAGCGUUUAUACAAUACCGCAUGUGCAGAUUGUUGUAAAGCGCGAUUCUUUUUGGCUCAGGCUUCUCUUGUUCGCUGAUAUUGGUUUCGCUGAGGGCUUUAUGCUCGGCGAUUUCGAAUGCAAUGAUUUAACUUCCUUCUUCCGACUCUUCAUUAUAAACAAGGAAAAUUUGAAUAAUGGAAUGACUGCUUUAUCUACGCUUUCUUCGAUGGUCUCGAGGCUUGGGCGAUCGAGUAAUACGCUUGCCAACUCGCUGCUCAACACCGCUGCACACUACGAUAUUAGCAACGAGAUGUUUGCAGCCUUUCUGUCCAAAGACAUGACGUAUUCGUGUCCUAUAUGGCAGCCUGCGAGCCUGGAUGGAACAGGGGAUGGUGUGGAAAGCCUAGAAGACGCCCAGCGGACCAAACUCCUUCGCUUCAUCGAAGGCGCGAAGCUGAAGGCUACAGACCAUGUCCUCGAGAUCGGCACUGGCUGGGGUUCCUUUGCAGUCGAGGCAGUAAAGCGAACGGGCUGCCGUGUAACGUCGAUCACCCUAUCUCGAAAACAAAAGGAAUUAGCCGAGAAGAGGAUCAAGCUCGAUGGCCUGGAUCAUCGCAUUGAGAUCAAGUUUAUGGAUUACCGCGAAUUAUCCGCCCCUACGAAACCAUUUGAUAAAAUCGUCUCCAUAGAAAUGAUAGAGGCUGUUGGGGAGGCUCAUCUUGCGCAGUACUUUGCGUGUAUUCAAAGACUGCUUAAGCGAAAUGGCGGUAUUGCCAUGUUUCAAUGCAUCACUAUGCCGGAGGCUCAACACACCGCCGAUGCAAAGAAGAGAGAGUUCAUCGGUCAGUACAUAUUUCCAGGUGGAUACCUGCCCUCGACUACGCAGCUGCUCAACCACAUCAGCACGCAGUCCAAAGGCACUUUGACUUUAGAACGGGUUGAGAAUAUCGGAGGGCAUUAUACAAAGACUUUACGCCUGUGGAGGGAGAGUUUCCUGCUCAAUUUUGAUGAUAAAAUAAAACCUGCUUUGUUGAACGGCCACCCCGCCAUGUCGGAGGAGGCUAUUGAAGUAUUCAGCAGGAAAUGGGAGUAUUACUUUACUUACUGCGAGGCCGGGUUCUUCACGAAGACAUUAAACGAUGUUAUCAUCACGGUCAGUCGACCAGGAGCCUUAGAACUUACAGAGGAAAUACCACUUUGAACUGUCCUCGGUCUCUCGCUCUCAAUCUAUUUAAGGCG